GGCGCCCUGGUCACUAUGGCACUAUUUUAUAAUAAUUCUAUUUUGGUUGUCAGAUCAUUGUUUUUACUGGCUGUAUUUAAAAAUUCAGGUGCUGACAGCUCGGAAGGGCUUACAAAAUCCGAUCCCAACGACAUAAUGGCAGGAUCUGGAGUUGCCAAGCAGCUGUUCGCCUGCAAUUUCGAGGUGUUCGGUAAAGUGCAAGGUGUAUUCUUCCGCAAGUACACGGAACAGACGGCCAAGUCCCUGGGUGUUUAUGGCUGGUGCAUGAAUACCCGAGAUGGAACCGUAAAGGGACAACUGGAGGCUCCCCUGGCGGAACUAAACGAAAUGAAACAUUGGCUCCAGACCAAGGGAAGUCCCAGUUCGAAGAUCUCAAAGGCCGAAUUCACGCCAGCUCAGGAAAUCGAGGCCUAUACCUUCAGUACCUUCGAUAUAAGACGUUAAAAAUGGAUUAUUAGAAGGACUACCAGAGGCUUAAAGAAUAAUUUCAAAAAACCCUAAAUAUUCCCACACCACACCAAAAAUAUAUGUAUUCCCAAAACAAAAACAACAAAA